CCUUUUUAGAGAACGUUUAACUGGGGAAGUGGGUAUAAAAUGUGCACUCUUAUUGUCUAUUGCACACAAACUCCUGACCUCCAGCUCUAAAGAUGAUGUUUUUUCUUGUGCUUGUGAUCCUGGCGUCAUGCACAGCAGCUCCUACGGAUCUGACAGGGAAGAUGUUCACCUUCCCACAAGCCACCGACACAGCUCGCGUGAAGCUUCUUACACUGAAGAACGAUUUCAAAGCUGUAACUGUCUGUUUAAGGUCCUUUACAGACCUGCGCCGAGACCACACCUUGUUCUCUCUGUCCACACCAUCCUCCCACAACGACUUCCUGAUUUUCAAGGAUGCAACUAACAACGACGUCGAGCUCUGUACCAGGGAUGCUGAGGUAGACUUCAAUCUAGACUACAAGCUGAGCAGCUGGAGCUCUGUGUGUGGCACAUGGGACGCUGCGUCUGGACUGGGGCAGCUCUGGAUGGAUGGAAAGCCUUCAGUAAAGAAAUUUAUCUCCUCCAAUUCAAACAUCCGAGGGACACCAAUAAUUCUGUUAGGACAGGAGCAGGAUUCCCACGGCGGAGGCUUUGACCCCAACCAGUCGUUCGUUGGCAUGAUGUCCGAUGUCCACAUGUGGGACUACGUCCUCUCCUCCUGUGAGAUCCGGAAAUAUGUCGAUGAGCUAAACUUCACUCCGGGGAACGUGCUCAACUGGAAAGAGCUGGACUUUCAGAUUGUUGACCGAGUGCUUAUAGAAGACAAACAAAAAACCUGCAGUGACCAGCUUAGUGCGGCUCACAAACACAGACAAAGUCCAGACAUGGAUUUCAAGAUGGAAUUUUUCGUGCUGAUGAUGUUGCCAGCGUGUGCUGCUGGUCUACAAGAUCUGUCAGGUAAAAUGUUCAUCUUCCCUCAAAAAACCAACAAAGCACACGUGAGGCUGACGGCUUCAAAGCAGGACUUCAGCAGCGUGACCGUCUGUCACAGAUCAUUCACAGACCUCAGGAGAGAUCACAUCCUCUUCUCUUUGUCUACCUCCUCUAAUUCAAAUGACUUACUGAUCUUCUGGGAUGACAAAAAUAAAGAGAUUGAGCCUCAUAUCAGAGAUCAAAAGGUAGAAUAUGGAGGGCAGGAAUACAAGCUGAACAUGUGGCACUCGGUCUGCACCACGUGGGACUCCUCCUCUGGACUGGUGCAGGUUUGGAUUGACGGACAGCCCUCAGUUAGGAAAUACAGCAGCUCUGGAUCAAGCAUCAGCGGAAGCACCAUCAUCAUUCUAGGACAGGAGCAGGAUUCCCACGGCGGAGGCUUUGACAUCAACCAGUCGUUCGUUGGCAUGAUGUCUGAUGUCCACAUGUGGGACUACGUCCUCUCCUCCUGUGAGAUCCAGAAAUAUGUCGAUGAGCUAAACUUCACUCCGGGGAACGUGCUCAACUGGAAAGCGCUGGACUUUCAGAUUGUUGACAGAGUCCUGAUAGAAGAGAAGCAAAGCUCCUGUCACUGAACAUUUAGAGAACAUUAUCGGUGUCCUGCUUUCUCUACAGUUUACUGGCAUCUACACUUUGUUAAGUGAUUGUUUAUUAACUUUUAAUACUCAAUUUCCAUUUUGUGUGUUUAGUAUGCAUAUUUUGCAAUGGGCAUACUUCCUGUAAAUUAUGGUCAGGGCUACAUUAUUGAGCUUGGUGUCACUGGAAAGGAAAUUCCUUAUAAUUUUCAAAGAAAGAAACAGAAUCUGUUACAGUUUUAUUGAAUCAAAGUAACAGAGACACAAAGCUGAGAUUAUGUUUUAAAAAAAAUAUUUUCCUACAUUUUUAAAUGAAUUAUUAACAGACAAUGUGUCAAAAAUAAAUUGAAUGCACUAACAA